UAUUAGAACCUUUUUCAAAUGUGCAUUUAUGUAUGCAGAUCAGACUUCAUCCAAUUAAAUAUGCAUACAUGACCCUUGAGUGAGACCUCUAGCAUCAAUAGCUCAGGUUUAUGAUUGGACUGGAUUCUGCUGCUUCUGAUUCAAUUACAGUGUCUGCAAAAAAAAAAAAACAACCCAAAAACAAACAAACAAGUGGUGCAUUUUAAAUAGCAAGCAUUAAAAUGUACACUUCAGGAGCAGGAACUCAAACAGCAUGCAAAUAUAUGGGACUACAAACAAGUCCCCUCCUUCUUAAUCUAACGUGCUGUGUUUAGUUUUUCACAAACAAACAAAAAAAAAUUGGAAGUUCCCUUAUAAGAAUCUGAACCUUGUAUGUACGUAGAGUGUAGUGUGUUCAGUGUGGAGUUGCUGAUCUGGACUUCUUCUUUACCAAAGUUAACAUAUAGCCAUUUAUGGUAAAUAGAACAAACACACCGGCAGAGAAUCUCAUUUUGAUCUACAACCUCACACUGUCAUGGCACAGCAGAGGGGACUCACACUUGUCAUGGGAUGGCUGUUUGUCUUGCUUUUUAACAGUCCAGUUGGAUGCCGUUGGGUGUCGGAAUACUGUGGUGGAUGUUGGAAUACUUCUGAAGUAGAACCAUUUAACUGCACUUCUAAUGAUACCACAAGCCUGUAUAAAAACGUUAAAAAUGCCCUUUGGUGUACUGAAAUACGACCAGUUCAACAACCAAGGGACGUCUUAACUGUUAAACUGGGCCUCACUAUUGCUGGUAUCCAGGACGUGAAUGAAAAGGAGCAGGUCAUAAUAUUGUCCACUGUAACAACACUUGACUGGGAAGUGCCAUUUCUGAAGUGGGAUAAUGCUACAUGUGGAACUAAUAAAAUCUCAUAUCCAAGAUCUGAGCUGUGGCUGCCGGAUAUAGAAAUAGAGGAGUUUGUGGAUGAAGACAGAAGUACUGACCUACCCUAUGUUCAGCUCAAUUACACCGGUGGGGUUCAUCUCGUUCAACGCAAAAAGGUUUUUGCCUCGUGUAAUAUGAACCUCUACAGAUUUCCUUUUGAUGUCCACACCUGCUCACUUACUUUCCAUUCCUACAUGCUUGAAGUGGAUGAAAUGAGCCUGACUUCUAAAUCAACAGAAUUUAUUCAAAAAUCAUCUGUUUCUUCUGACUCGGGAUGGAUCCUUGAAGAAGUGACACAGGUUAAUGACACUUUUAACCUCACCACCAAAAGAUCUUUUUCUUCUGUUAGAUACAAUUUUACCAUUAAACGUGAGGCCAGUCUCUAUGUAGUGAACCUCCUGGUCCCCAGCUGCUUCCUGAGUCUGUUGGACUUGUUCAGCUUCUUCCUGCCUCCUCAUAAUGUUGAUCGGUCGGCUUUCAAAAUGACGCUCAUCCUAGGCUACACUGUCUUUCUGCUCAUCACCAAUGACAUCCUGCCUGCCAGUGGCUCAACCACUCCUCUAAUAAACGUAUUUUUCUCUCUCAGCUUGGCGCUGAUGGUAGCCAGCCUUUUGGAGACUAUGUUCAUUGUUAACGUCAGUAACAAUGCAAACCAUUACCCCAGAAUACCCCGUUGGCUCCAUGUCCUUGUUCUGAACUACCUAGCACGUCUCCUGUUCAUGUCCCCUAAACGUCUUGGUGUUCCGGUGGCAGUGAUUUUAAACCCACAUGCAAAAGUGACACCAGACACAUCAAGUGAAGCAAUGGUGCGUGCUGACACAGGAGAAAAGGAUGAGAUGGAGGGUGCAGCGGUGGUGGAUGAACUGAAGAAAGUGGCCCGAGAAGUGCUGACCAUUCGAUUUCGGAUUGAAGAACACCUGAGACCCAACCAGGGCGAUAACGACUGGAAGAUGAUUGCAAACGUUAUUGAUCGCCUCCUGUUCCUGUUUUAUGUUCUCUUCGUGGUUGCGAGCUACAUCACUAUAAUUGCCAUAUGGGCCAGUUCCACAGUGCGUCAUUCAAAGUAGGAAACGAGGAAUUUGUAAAGCUGUUAAAGGGGAAAUUUAAAAAAAAAAAAAAAAAGCAAAUAUAAACCUCUCUCAGUACUGUUUCAAUAUGAAAAUAAAUGAUAAUGCUUUACAUUAAGGUUCUUUUGACUGACAUUAUUUGACACAUUGCUUAACAUGACAGCAAACUACGAACAUCAGCAUUA